CCUUUAUGGCGGUCGCGUUUUUUUCUUCUCUGCCAGCUGGACAUGAAGCUUACUACGACAGGUUUAACUCCACGCGCCGCCCCACAAGGCUGUCAGCCGCCUUUUGCCUUUUAAGGCUUGGACGCUGGAAGCAAGUACUGGUGGGUGUUGAGUGACGGGGGUCGACCAGGGACAGAGCCGCCCAAUUAUGCAGAUUUUGCGUCGUCUCAGCCUUCCGAGUGCAGUGGCUUUCCUCCCCAACGUUGAUUUCUCGUCGCAGUGUGAUGGCCGGACCGCGAGGCCCUGACUGCGUGUCCCUCCUGCUCCAGCGGCCUCGGCCCAAGGCGCAGCUCCUCCACAUCUUCGGCAUCGUGCUCUACCAGGAGAUCUACAGCACCGCGGCCCUGUUACCCUCGGGGGAGACCAUAGGCGGCGGCCCCGAACACGUCUCUGUGAUAAACUACAUUCCCGGGAGAACUUUCUCGUUAGGUCCCGUCGUCGGUUGUGAAGAAUGCGAAGAAAACUGUGAACGUGAGAAUAUAGUGGAAUAUUAGGAUUAUUUUAUACUCUUUUUUCUGUGCGAGAGUGAAGUGCCAAACGAUUGCGUAGGUGAGUUGCCAUUUUUGUUGCAACAGCUCAAGUGAAGGAUUAUUAUGUCGAAGGCGAUACCGAAGGUGCAGACCCCUGUGGCCGAUGGGCGGCAGACGUGUAGCCACCCCGAGGGAGGCGGCGAGGGCUGCGAGGGCUUCUCGGGCGACUCGGGGGUGGGCGAACCCGACAGCGAGCCCCCCGCUAUACACUCCGACGGGGGGAAGACCCAGUCCGAAGGGGUAAAGGUCCUCCCCGAAGGAGGGAAGGCCCCGCCCGACGCCAAGGAGAAGAGCCCGUCUCAGGAAGGCUCGACGGCCGAGAAUGGCCCGCAGAAGACCGUCGAGGCGGACAAACAAGGCCGCCCAGGCACGCUGUCGCCCCCGUGCCCCGCCGUAGCCAGCGACCAGGAAGCGUCAGCCAUGACAGACUCAUCGGAGGGAGGGGGCGCCCCGUCGCGUGACAGUGGCAUCAGUCACAUGAAUGUGGCGAGUAACGGUGAGUUGGAGGAUGAGUCGGCGAGGCGAAGGAGCCUGAUGAUCGACACCUGCACGCAGACGGACCACGAUCUCGGCUGCCAGGCUGAGCGGGAGAAAGCAGUCGGUCGGACGGUCGAAAGUUCAAGUGAUAAGGGUGAGAAUGCGCGUGAGAGUGACUUAGGCAUAAGUGCUGUGUGUGUGUGCACAGAUGCAAAUGACAAUAAGGAGGGUAAAACGCAUUGCGAUGUGUGCGGAUUGUAUAGCAGAACGAGACAGGAAACGUCCGACAGCUUGGGUGCACGCCAAGAGGAAACCUCCAACAGUGCGCUCCAGAACAGACAGAGUCGUUGCACAUCCGACUACUCAUCCAUUUCCUCGAGCGAUUCUCCGCGAGCGAGCGACUCGAGUAACAGGACGUGUGACUCGAGCAAUAGCCCGGGGAGCAGCACGGGGAGCAGCGGCAAGGGCGGAGGCAGCAACAGAAGAUCUGGCCACAGGAAAGUCGUGACUUCGGGCGAGCUGAGCCCCAUCGCGUCCUGCGGAGGGGAGUCGGCGGUGAACGUGGGCCUGAGCGUCAACACGGGCCUGACGCCGGAGGACGCCUCGAAGGACGUGGGCAGCCGCAGCCCUUGCACCCCGACCAGCGGCUGCCUGAAGGGGGCGACGCGCAACACGAGCGGCGCUCACGUGCAAUUCGAGACGCCGUGUGACGAGGACGGACACAUGCUGCAGGACACCUACGUCACUUCCGACGGACACGUGGAGCUGCAGAGGCCCAACGGCGGCAGCGGCGGGAGCGGGACUCCCACCCACGCCGACCCGCUGGCGAGGCUGUGGUCGAAGCUCAUCCCGGACUCCUCCCCGUCGGACGCCGCCUCGAGCUUCACCGUGCCCAAGAAGUGGCGCCGGAGGCACAUCUCCAGCUCGAGCAGCAUCAGCCUGGGGUCGAGCUCGAGCGCCUCCAGCUCGGACGGCGCCACGGAGUUCGAGCGGCGCGCCCCCGACGGCGGCUGGGGCUGGGUCAUCGUGGCGGCCUCCUUCAUGGUCCACUGCAUCGCCGACGGCGUCACCAUGUCCUUCGGCGUGCUCUUCGUCGAGUUGCUCAGCUACUUCCAGGAGGGAAAGUCCUUGACCUCGUGGGUGGGCAGUCUGUUCAUGGCCAUCCCCCUCCUGGCGGGGCCCCUGGCGUCUAUUCUCACCGACCGCUACGGCUGUAGGACGGUGACAAUCUGCGGUGCUGUUGUUGCUUGUUUCGGAUUCUUUAUCAGUGCCUUUGUAAACACAAUUCCGCUGUUGUUAUUGACUGUGGGUGUCAUCACCGGCCUCGGUCUGGCAGUGUGCUACGUCGCUGCCAUCGUUAUUGUUGCCUUUUAUUUCGAGAAAAAACGGUCAUUGGCGACGGGCAUCGCCGUUGCCGGCAGUGGCAUCGGAACCUUCUUGUUCGCGCCCUUGAUCCAGUACCUGGUCGACUACUGGGGCUGGAGACUCUGCUUCGUCCUGCUGGCCGGCAUCUUCCUCAACAUGGUCGUCUGCGGGGCGCUAAUGCGGGACCUGAAGUGGACGCCGAAGCAGAGCAACCGCUCCGGCAUCGCCUCCGGGACGGCCGCCAGCAGCCGCAAGGACUCCACCUCACAGUCCUCGGACACCGUGGGGAUGCGCGGCGGGGGCAGCGUGGGCGCCACCCUCCCGUCGCUCGACGAGCUUCGGCGCCUCGUGCAGUCGGGCGACGUGGCGGCGCUCCUCUCCCCAGACGACGCCCCCAGCGAGACGCUCCGGGGUUCGGCGUCCCUGGUGCUCCUCCCGACAUUCCUGAGCAAGUCACAGGUUCUUCCCCCCGACGUCGUUCCGUUCCUGUCGUCGCGGACCAACGCCUACGAGGUGGUGUCCCAGAUGUACCCGCACCUGCUCUCGCACUCGCUCUCGGGGCACGUCAACCAGGCGGACGAGAAGGCAGCCAAGCUCAUCGGGUUGACGCGCAACGAAAUCGCCGAGUUCGCGGGCGUGUUCCCCGACGGGCAGGGGCUGCCGUCGUCGACCCAACAGCUGAUGGCACCCGACAACAGCUGCGACACCGACUCCACCACGCCCGGCUCGGCCGUGGGGGACAUGGGCUCCGUGAAUGGCCGCAGGUGGAAGAAGGUCGACUUGGAACUCGGCUGCCCUGACGACGACGACGAGGACGGCGAUGCAGAUAACGAGGAAGAGGCGGAAGAGGCAAGGGAAAUCACCGCCAUGCUGGGGCCUCGCACGAGAGGGCCCCGGCAGCCAGGAGCGAGGAGGAUAUCCACGGGCUGCAUGGGAGGAGCCAGCUCCCCUCCGCCCCCGGCCGCGCCCCUUCGGAACAUGAGGAUAAACAGGCAGUCAAUGACGUAUCGUGGUGCUAUGCUCAACAUUCACCGGUAUCGCCUGAGAGCCUCUUCGUGUCCGGACAUUUACCGUAAUUCCAUCAUCACCAUUGCCAAGUCGCAAGAUGAGAGUGUCUGGACCUAUUUUGACGACCUCGGGGAAAUGAUUACCUCCUGUGUCGACUACAGCUAUUGCUUGAACGCUGCCUACCUGAUAUUUGCUGUUUCCAACUUCGUUCUCUAUGUUUUCUACGACACAGUUUACAUGUAUUUGACGGAUUAUGCUCAGGGUGUUGGAGUGUCGGCAGAUGAUAGUGCUAACCUCAUUUCUGCUAUUGGAAUUCUCAACUGUGUUGGAAUGGUUGUGAUGGGCUAUGUUGGCGAUCGGCCAUGGUCGUCGCCCAUGUUAAUCUACAAUAUCUCCAUGGUACUCUGCGGCCUUUCCGUAAUUGUAAUGCCAUUCAUCACCGAUUACUGGCUACUGGCAAUGGCAGCCGCGGUGUUUGGAUUGUUCAUUUCUGCAAAUUAUGCUCUGACCUCGGUUAUCCUGGUGGAGUUGAUCAGUCUGGAAUCAUUCAGUAAAGCUUAUGGAUUGCUGUUGCUUAUUCAGGGUGUGGCCAACCUCAUUGGGCCUCCUCUUGUAGGUUUCAUAGCCGAUACAACGGGUGACUACACAAUGCCCUUCGUGAUAUCAGGGAUCUUCAUUAUCCACUGCGGCCUGAUACUCAACUUGAUACCCCUCAUUCAACGCUGUAAGGGCAACUAUCGUUCCUCCAGCACCCCUUCCCCGGCAGACACGCCAAAAAACGUGUCGCCCACCUCAACGCCUAACCACACGUUUAAGAAGAAACCAGCGCCUGUACAAGUUUAGUAGCUCCUCCUGGCUUGAGGUGGAGAUGCUGUUGGAAACGCAAUGAGUGUGGCAGUAAAAAAGGAGUCAUCGUUAUUUUUCUUGUGGCUUUUGUCAACUAAUGCACUAUGGUGUUAAAGAAAAAAAUUAGGAAGUAUAAAUGUGUAUAUGUCUGUGUGUAUAGAUAGAUACAGUGCACAUACACGCUCACACUUACACUCA